AGGUGUGGCUGGCUGGCUGCAUAUCCAUUAACGCAAAGAGUUUUCAACAACAGCCUUGGUGAAAAGAAUGGCAGCCAAGGAGCUACUUUCAGCCUGAGAAAAUCAUCAAGGACAAACUGAAAUUCUGCAGGAAGUACAAGGACUGGGCAACAAAAGAGUGGUGUGAAGUUAUUGUUUCUGCUUCUCCUUCCAAUUGUUUGGAACAUCUGGAAAGUCAUUUUUUUUUCCUGAAGAUGAAAAGGAAAGGGUGGAGAUGGAUUCAAUCCAUGACAAGUGUUUACAAACUGGCACCGAUUUGCCAAAUUAGGUCCAAUAAUCUGAUAAGUGGUGGAAAAAAAUGAAGUUUCCUUGCAUWAACACAAGCUCACCGAUAUAAAAUGACCAGGGAGAGGAAUGACAAUUAGGCAUUAUACUUUCAGGUACCCCACAUGGGACAGCCAUGGCUCAUGUUUGGUCCUAUAAUCAGAUAUUACUGAGGAUGGCCAGCUCCGUGGUGCAAAUCGUCGGUUUUCUCCUGGCUUUAGUCGGACUUUCUGCCACCAUCGCCGCCACUCUUAAGGUCGAGUGGAGGAAGGAAGCUCAGGGAAAACACCGCAUCUAUGAGGGGUUGUGGAUGUCCUGCAGCGGGACGGAUAGAACAACCUGCGAAUGGCACACGAGCGUGAUAAAACUGCCAACUGAGGUCCAGGCAACGAGAGCCCUGCURGUGGUGAGCCUCUUCUUCUCUGCUGUGGCGCUGAUCGUCUCCACAGUGGGCAUGAAGUGCACCCACUUCAUGGACAACCUCCCGGGGAUCAAAUCCAGAGUAGCUGUGUCUGGAGGAGUGCUGUUURUGUUGUCAGGCUUAUUGACCAUCAUCAUCACCUCCUGGUAUGUCAGUAAGAUUAUUGAAACGUACCACAGUUUGCAUCGUCUGCAAAGCAAAGAGUUUGGAGGCGCUGUGUUUGUCAGCUUGGGCGGUGGGUUCCUCACGGCGCUCGGCGGUGCCUUCCUGAGCUGUCGGCUGUGUUGUAGGAGCCGACCGUCUGAGUCCAAAAUCUCCAACCACUUCCUCCCCRCCACACACCCCAAAUCCAAUUAUGUCUAACGAGGGAGCGAGCACAGCCGCAUUCAGCAGCGACGAGGAGAAAAAGUGCCAUAAAUAUUCUAUUUGUACAUAAGGUUUUAUAUUUUAUAUGCUCGGAUUGAUGCAAAUAUGAUGCAUUGCUCAAUAAAACAGUUUCAAUAACAUUGCAUGUCUUAAAAAGAAAAAUAAAGCUAUUGUUGUUUGUUUUGUU